GUCCGUCGCAUACAUCUACUCCAAUUCCCCUGUUCAAGUUCACGCGGCUGACUGAACGGACGUUAGAUCUUCACGGGUUCUCGCAGUCGUCCGUCGCUGGUGACGACGGUUUCCCGGUGCCGAAAUGUCGCACGUUCACGUGAAGCGCUCUCCGGAACUCGAGGAAAUCAUAACCGAUGCUCCGAUGGAUACUCUGGCCGUUGGGGAAGUUUUUUACGCAGCCGUAGCCACCACAGACCUUGGCCUCCCUGUGGGGCAGUGUCGGCGAUGCUCACAUGUCACAGGACUCGAACGCUUCCACAUGCGAAGAGUAUCUGAAGAUCUAGUCAGGCGACACUCGCUCGUGCCGGAUCCAUUCCGCAAACAUUCUCUGAAUAUCAACCUCCUGAACGGACGCCAAAUGAUUCGGCGGACAACUCUCGAUGAGGCCGAGACGAAAGAAAUGCACUUCGAGGAGUCCGCCAAGGCUACCGCAAUUCAGAUAUUCAUUCCGUUCCUGGCCGCUGGGCUGGGUAUGGUAGCCGCGGGAGUGCUCCUACAUAAUGUUCUCCUCUGGAAAGUCUUCACUGAAGUCGAAACGUUCAUCGUUCUGGUACCCGCACUCCUCGGUCUGAAGGGAAAUCUCGAGAUGACCAUGGCAGCCAGAAUGUCGACCGAGAUGAAUACCGGUAGCAUGGAUACCUUGAAAGAACAGUGGAUUCUCGUUUCCGGAAACCUCGCUCUGACCCAGUGUCAAGCCACGGUCGUUGCUUUUUUGGCGUCCAUGUUCGCCAUCGGUAUGGGAGCGAUCCAGGGUCAAUCACCGGUACGUCUCGACCACGGACUCUUGCUGACGGCGUCUGCUCUCAUCACGGCUUCCGUGGCUUCACUGGUGCUAGGAGCAGUGAUGUCAGUCAUUAUCAUCGUCUCGAAAAGGUUCAACAUAAACCCCGACAAUGUUUCAAUACCGAUAGCGGCCUCUCUGGGUGACAUAACAACUCUUGCCCUGCUCGCCGGCUCCGGAGACAUGCUCUACACGGGCGCCACCGAUGUGCGUUUGUACAUCUGCAUUGUGAUCUUCUUCAUAUUGUUCGUGCCGCUGUGGGUUCAGAUCGCUCGCGGAAACGUCUACACGAGAGACGUUCUGGGACCUGGAUGGGUGCCGAUCAUCUCGGCCAUGUUCAUUUCCAGCGCCGCCGGCUCCAUCAUGGACAUGCAUGAACAUCUUUUCCCUCGGCUCCCCCCUCUGCAGCCGGUGAUAGCGGGUGUGGCAGGGAACCUUGUCGCCACACAAUCUUCGAGAAUAUCAACUUUCCUACACGCUCACUCGGAGUUCGACGCAUCGCGAGUGUGCGUAGAUCCCAUUUCGGUAUUUUUCGGUAAAGGUCGCAAUUCUAGGACGGCUAGAAUCCUACUCGCGAUGGUGAUCCCCGGUCACUUGAUAUUCACAUUCUUCCUGUCGUUAUUCGUGGGUAAUCUCAAUUUAACUGUGCCUUUCCUCGGCUUCUAUCUGGCGUGCGCACUCUUUCAAGUCGCCAUCCUGUUGUAUCUUGCUCGUUGCAUGGUAUUCUGGUUCUGGCAGAAGGGCCUGGACACCGACAGCACGUCCAUACCGUAUCUGACUGCGCUGGGCGAUCUCUUGGGCGUUUCGCUCUUGACCCUAUGUUUCUAUAUCUUGCGCGUCCUGGGAGACCCGAACGCCACCUCGAUAGUCCCCGUUUACUCGACCUCGACCGCAGCUUUUAGUAAUAGCACAUUGAAUUCACCGUGAGAGUUCCUCUGGUUUCCAACAGUUGGCGUCAGAUUCCCGCCCGAAAACUGUGAUCGCCGUUGUGUAGAAAAAAAUUAUUGCAAGGAAGUCACCACUCAAGCUCUUCGUUGCCUUGUUCCCAGCAUAGUUUUUGCUCGUAGCUAAUUGAUUGGACGAAGGACUGCUCGCGUUGUAAAGCAAGAGAGACGGAGAGCACUGUCUCGAUAUCGUAAUUGUGGAGGAGAAUGUUAUGUUGUCGGAUAAAUAAAAGAAAGCGGGGCACCUCGCGUUAUU